UUCGGUGCGGUUCGGUUUGAUGUGUUGCAUGUGCAAAAUACAUAUUUCCCAACGUCGUGCGCUCGACUUUUCAGUGGUUAUUUCAUUGCGGCGCUAGCGCUUGGCCCACAUUACGUACGCGUCCUCAUUACGUGCGAUUUGGUGGCAUUAUUGUGACAUAAAAGAUUUUUUACUUUUAGUACGGUGAAUAUUGUGCAAUAUUUUUGCAACAAUUGGAAGGCGCUGAACGUGUGUGUUUGGUGUGAAGGAAGUGUGAGUCCAAUAAGCGACAGCCAAUAUUAGUUGUACAGUUGCAUUUGUACCUAGCAAUUGUUGUGGCACGCUUAUAUGGCAAUUAGUUGUUGGUGCUCUUGGCAGGCUAGCAGCGCAUGUGCAAUUAGUGUAACUUUCCAUGAAUUUGUAGCGCUUACUUUUGCAAAGCAAGCUUCGUUCGCGUCCAUUGCGUGUGGCAAGCAGCCGGCUUAGCCAGCGCACGUUGCAAGUGCUUUUCUCUUCAUUAGCGUUAGCGUUAAUUUAUGCGUGCGUGUAUUUAUCUCUCAUACCGCCGUUACUGUCAACGCUGGCGAUACCACUGCAAGUGGCGUAAACUUUCAUUGACGCGCUUGUUUUGAUUGUAUCUCGACGCUGACGCGCUACUUGAGGGUCUGUUGGCCACGCGCGUACGUUUUGUACGUUCGCUCUGGUGCGCGCGUGUGUUGUGAAUUUAUAUAAAUAAUCUAAGUGAUUUUCAAUCCCAAUUUCCAUAGCGCUAAAAGCCAUUGUUGCUGCCAUGACGCGUAAUAUACUAUAGUGUCACAUAAUUCUCUCUCGGCAAGUAAGACACAGACACACACAUAAGCAAUACACAAAUAUUUUAGUGAAGCGCGUAGUGACAGUGGCUGCUCGUAAAAUGUUUGAUAUACUCGCUGCGACACCUGACUGGCAUACCGACACGUACUAAAGACAACCCAUCAGCGCUCCCAUUGCGUCCACUACACUUGCUUACAACGCCAUCAAACGCGUGCAACGUGCUGCUGAAGGACACUCAAGCUGUGCCGCAUUGAGUUAGCUCGCCUGCUGGCUUACUGCUUACUACUUCGGUGUGUUUGUGCCCGUUGUGCUUCUCGUAAAAUAUCGCCGUUGAACGUGCGCGGAUUAGAAAGCCACAAGCGCGGAGGCAAGUACCGCGGUCGCAGUGCGGCGCUGGCUAUGUAAAUAGCGCGUUGCUUGUGCGCCACUGACUCUACUUUCCGGAUUUCAGGUGACGUGCCAUGGAUCUUUUUUGAAUUCCUGGAUCGUGAUAAUUAUUAAAAGGGACUUUCAUCUUAUCAUCCUUAUUCCUGCACUUAUCUUAAAGUCUAUUGCUACUGAUUUUGGCACUGAAAAGGAUCAACCGAAGGUUCGCUCCCUUUAAUAAUUGAUUGCUUCAGUAAGAACAGCAUUAUACACACAUUCCUGAGGAUUUCAGAAACUAACUAAACAUAUAGAGAUCUUUACUGUAACAAAUAUUUGCUUAUGUAUGUGUCCAGUUGGUUGAAUGGCGCUUAAGCUGUCUCGCAUGCAGGAAGUGGAUGUGAAUCAUUAACAAGUGCAACAACUGGCAAACGACGAAACUUACACAUACAUACAUACACCGAUACACAUAUACGCCAACGUGUGGCAAGUGCGGAGCCUUGGGCGCCACUCCGUUAUAUCUCUUUUACGGCGGCCCAGCACGUAGGCAACUUGCCAAAGCCACCUUCCACAAGUGAGUGAGAACUUCCCAAGCGCAACUGACGGUCCGCAGCAAGAACACACACACACAGACGCACAAAUUGUGUUGUAUAGUGUAGCUUUGCAGCGCUCAUUUUCCAUUCCACGCAGCAGCUAAUCAGCAACCAAACGUCCCUUUUUCCACAGCGUAAGCAGUUACAGCAAUCAUGUCUAAAAGAGAGCGACUAUUUCACGAAUGGUUCAAUCUGUUCGCACUGAUCUGGAUGAUAAUCACCGACAUAUGUUUCAACGCGCACUGUUUGAAGGACCUGAAGAUAUUCGUGCCGGAGGCGGUUAUAAUGGGCAACGCAGCAACGCUCUCAUGCCAGUACGACCUGGGGCAGGCUGCUCUCUAUUCGGUUCGCUGGUAUUUCGACACUGAGGAAUUCUAUCGCUAUGUGCCCAAGGAGUCACCGCCCACGCUGGUCUUUCCGGUGUCUGGCAUUAAUGUCGAUCUCACAAAUUCAGACGCAACUUCGGUAACACUGAAGGGUGUCAACCGCGAACUAACCGGCAACUACCAGUGCGAAGUGUCCGAAGAUGAGCCGCUCUUUCACACUGACAUACGCGCCGCACACAUGCAGGUCAUCGAACUGCCCAAGGAUGAGCCAGCUAUGCAGGUGGACAAGAAGGUCAUCACCAUGAAUGACAACUUCAAGGCUGUCUGCACGGUUGGGAUGUCAUAUCCGCCAGCCAACAUAACAUGGUACAUCAACGGACGCAAGAUUUACAAAACACCCUUUCAACGCAUCAACCACGUCGCCUUCGAAGGUACCUCCACAUAUUCCUCGCUAGAAAUCUCCCCACAUAGCCAAGUGCUGCAAGGUUUCUUCCAGACGGUGCCCAAAUACCAGACGACAAGUAUACUGCUGCUAUGCGAGGUCUCCAUACUGCAUGUCUUCCAUAAGAACGUGCAACAACGCCUGCUGCUGAGCAUAACACCGCCCACCACCAUCUCGCCCAACCUGCUCGGCCUCGAGGGUUCGAAACGCAUCAACGGCGAUCCAGACAACUCGGCGCUCACAGGCGGCGUCGCCAGUAGCCACAACAGCAGGCGACGAAUAGGAGGCGUGUUCGCGAUCGUCGGCAUGGCGUUCGUUGCACUGUUGGCGGUGGGCGUGUGUCAUGGCGCUACAAUGGGCGUACUUACCGAUGAUACAAAGCCACCGCUUGCAACUCGGUCCACUGUGGCAGCGGCUUCGUCGAAGCGCCAGGCGGUAGUACUUGCGACGUCCGCGUCAUUGGCGCCAAGCGUGGCAGCAGCGCAGAAAGCUGUGGCUCAGCUGUGACCUCAAGGCAGCGUAUAUAUUGGUGGUUACAAGCUCAGUGAUGGCAGGCAAAUUGCAACAACUACAAAGUAAAUAAAUAACGGUAGUCGUUUUGUGAAUGCAAAAACAACAACAACAAACAAAACGCAGAAACGGCAGCGGCGGCGGCAGCAGCAGGCGUUAUGGAGGCUAACACGGCAUGCAAACUAUAACAGUAGAGAAAUGUUAAUUUAAUGCAAAAACAACAACAUAACAACAAAAACCAAAUCAAAAUGGCAAAUAAUGGAAA